GGCUGGGUGGGAAGGCAUCUCUUCCCACUGCGGCAGCUCCGGGGCUGGGGAGGGGCGCUUCUCCCUUGGCAGCUACAUGGCUGGGGGAGAGCAUCUCUCAGUGGUUUGAGCAUUGGCCUGCUAAAUCCAGGGUUGUGAGUUCAACCUUGAGGGGGCCAUUUAGGGAUCCGGGGCAAAAAUCUGUCUGGGUAUUGGUCCUUCUUUGAGCAGGGGGUGGGACUAGAUACCUCCUGAGGUCCCUUCCAACCCUGAUAUUUUAUGAUGCUUUGCCUCUCACUGCUGCGGCAGAUCCAGGACUGGGGAGAGGCACCUGUCCCCAGCUGCAGCAGCUAUGGGGUUGUGGGAGAGUGUCUGUCCCUGCCUUUCCCUGCCGUGGCAGGUCCAGGGCUGGGGGAGAGACAUCUCUCCCCGCCGCAGCCUGAGCACUGCGCAGCCCUUGAUAAGCUGGUGGGUGGCCACGCAGCUUAGAGGGAACUUAGCUCUCCUUUGCUAGGCACUGCAGAGACCCCAAGUGAGAUGAGACCCCACUGUUGUGCCAGGUAAAACUGAGACCCGAACCAAGAUUACAGCCCCCCUUGUGCCAGGCAGCACACGACUAUACCCUGGUGGGAGGGGCAGAGAGAUUUUUUUUAAACAAAGAAUCCCUUACCAGUGUAUCUGGCUGCAUAAAGUCUCAUAAGAGUUCUCCAAUUUGUCUUAUCUGCUGUUGGGAUUCCCUGAAUUCCUCUUAGGAUUUCAUCAUUUACCUUUGAUAGGAACUGCUUCUGCCAUAAAAAAUUUCAGGUGAGCAUAGAUGGCCCUGAGGCAGAGCCGGCUCCAGGGUUUUUGCUGCCCCAAUCGGCGGGGGGGAAAAAAUAGCCACGAUUGUGAUCCGCAGCAGCUCCACCACACCGCUUUCUUCUUUGGCGGCAAUUCGGCGGCAGGUCCUUCCCUCCACCGAAUUGCCACCGAAGAGCCUGACAUGCUGCCCCUUCCCCUUGGCAGCCCCAAGCACCUGCUUGCUCAGCUGGUGCCUGGAGCCGGCCCUGCCCUGAGGAAGGUAAAUAGGAAAUCCCAAAUACUUCUCUCUCCUUUCUUCCUAGCCCCAGAAUCUAAAAUACACCUGCAUGGAGAUAAACUCACCUCGCUCAUCUUUACCCUACAGAUGUCAAAAUCUCUUUCUGAACAAGCCCUUUCAUCUCCAAUGAGUUAUUACCCCAGGAGCUGGCUGGAAUCCCUUUGAUCAGAAACCUCUCUCAGUCAAGGCAACAGGACAAGUGCAUUGCUGCCGGUGCCUGCCUGCCGAGUUGAUGAACUGUAAUGGUCAGACAUCUCACCAGCAUAGAAGUAUAUCGAAGGCGAACCUGAAAGAUAUUAAGAAUUUAAAUUAUCCACCACAUGUCCCACGUUCCACUAAAAUGAAUCCAACCCACAGGUCACUUGGGCAGAAGUAUCAGUGUCAGGAUGCUACAUUGUGAGCACAGUAAAUGAAGCUGCAAAAUAAAUGAUGUUUAAAUAGCCUCGCUCUAUUAAGAGGUACUUGAAACAGAUUUGUACCAGGCUGGGUUGUUUGGAAGCUGAAGCCUGUGCUUCCAUCCCCCACCACUGUCAAGUUUUAGCAAGUCAGCAAAUAAGAACAACCUUAUGUAUUAGUAACUGCUACUGGUUACAAUUCGCUACCCCUGUUCCAGUAGCAGAUUAGUGCAGAUGGCAGUUUUUUUACAAUACCUUACGGAUCAGUAACUGCAACUGGUAGCAAAUUAAGACAGAGAGCAGUUUUUCACACUACGCCGAUGGGGAAACUGACGCUCAGAGAGCUGAAGUAAUUUGCUCAAGUUUGCAUGGAGAAUUUGGGGCAAAACUGGGAAUUGAACCCAGACUGUUUGAAUUUUUGCCUCUCCCCUUAACUUCAAGCCCAGCUUGUCCAUGUUCAGUGUUGUGUUGAUUUCAUUAUUUGCAUUGCAUUGGCUUCCAAGAGAGGUUGUGGAAUUUCAAUCAUUGGAGGUUUUUAAGACCAGGUUAGCGAUACACCAGUCUGGGAAUGUCUAGGGAUACUUGGUCCUGCCUCAGCACAGGAGGCUUGAGUAGACGACCUCUCAAGAUCCCUUCCAGGCCUACAUUGAAAUAAUUCUGUCUUGUGCCGUGUCGUGUUCUACACUAAGCUGUUUUGCAUGGUGCCAUUUGGAACUGUGAUCACACCACGUUGUGUUGCAUAGUUUUAUGGUGCAUUGUUUUGCCUCAGGUUGGUUCAUGCCUGUGUUGUGUUGGUUUGAGCUGAGCUCUUUUGCGUGGUGUACUUUUGUCCUAGGUUGUACUAGUUUGCUUUGUGUUGCUUUGCUCUCCUUUGUAUUCUGUCAUUUUAUGCUGUGGAGUGUAGGGUGGGUUUUUUGUUUUUUGCUGAAUUGCCUGACAUUGUGUGUGGUGGGGGUUUUUUCUGUAUGUUUUGUUUUUAUACAUAUAUAUUGCAUAGCAUCCUCGAAAUGUAGGGCUGGAAGAGACCUCAAGAUGUCAUCAAAUCCAGCUGUCUCUGCCGAGGCAGGACCCAGUAUAUGUAGAUUAUCUCUGACAGAGGUUUGUCCUACCUGAUCUUAAAAACUUCCAGGGAAAGAGACUCCACAGCCACUCUUGUAAGACUAUUCCAGAGCUGAACUACCUUAGCUCUGGGGCCACCCACACAAGUUUUAGUGGUGAGCAGCUCUGGAGAGAGGAGACCCCAGUGAGUGGGCAGCUGGGUAAAUAGACUAAAGUUGGGAAGAGAAACAUUGACGUGUCCAAGGUCACCCAGGCUGUCCGUGACACAGCUAGAAAUAGAUCCCAGUUCUAGGGGCUGUUUUGGCUACUGAAGGUCUCUGCUACGCUGGUGUUUUAGGAACUGGUGGAAAACCUUAGUAUAGACAGAAUUUACACUAGUGCACUCUGAUUGGCACUGGUGCACCAUGUCCCAGUUUGAAGGCUUGUGGGGGGCGGGCGGGGAGACAGUGACCUCAGUGAGGCCUGGGGCUGGCUGACCAGUGCAGCUGGUAACGGAGGGGCAGCAGUGAGGUAUGAGCCAGGAGCACAGCCCCACAGGACUGGACACCGACUUCUCCUGACCCAGGACACCCACCCGCAGCUGUGUGCAGGGACUGCAGCUGAGCUGCCCUGCCAAGACAGCCUGUGCAUCCAUGGAGAAACCACCGCUUCUUUUGUUUUCUGCACAUCUAGGAGUCCAUGUCUCUGCUCCCUGUGGCCUUGGUGCAUUCCGUGCUAGAGCAGGACGUCAACAGAGCAGACGCACACACCAUAGCUCCGUCUGGAACACGCAGCAUUCACUGCCAGACGGGAUGGGUGAUUUUUCAGGGGCCCAGCUUGAUAUGCCAUUGGGGUGGAUUCAGUUGGACGGGGGUCUGGGGCUCUGAUAGUUUGGGAUGUUCCUUUUUGCAUAGUCAGUUCUUUCCCUUUAUUGUUUUACCCUCACCUAUGCCCGAUGUCACUCUCUUCUUAACUUGCUUUGGUUAUUUCAGUUCCAGUUUUUAAAUGGGAUCUAAUAAUUGCAAAGCUGAAUGAAAGAUAAAACAAACAGAACCAUUUCAAUUUUGGCACAUAGCUGGUAGAACUGUAGCUAGUGACGGUCUGCUGUAAUUACCUGGUUACCUAUAGCAUUUUCUGGUGGGGCGGAUAAAGCGAUGUCAAAGAGCCAAAAGCACUUUUUAGGGCAGAAGGGCUCGUCGGUGUUUGCUCUCUAGGGAGCAUGUCACCGCCAGGGCUUGCAGUCUUUCAGGAGUGGUGCACUGGAUUGUAUUUAGUAAUCUCAAAGUAAAAGGUUAAGACGGCUGGUUCACAAUAUCCACUGAAAUCUUGCAAACAGUUAUACAGACUCAAAUGCUAUUAAAACAACAUGGUGUUACUAUUCAGUCCCUUAAAGCUAUGUAAUUAAAAUUACAAGAUGAGCACAUGGGAUAUGAACUGAUGUCUAAUUUCCAUUUCUUAAUGCCUGAUAUUUUUACACUCACUCACACCAUCUGUUUUGGUGGGUUUUUUUUAAAUUUGAUGCACAGCAACCAGUCAAGUUAAUGAAUGCAUGUCAAUUACUGAUUGCUUUCUGUUGCUUAAUCAGAUGCUUAUGCGCCUAAUUAAAACUGUAGCAUUUUGAAUGGAAAUGUAUCAACACAGCUUAGCUCCAAUGUGUUUAAAUGUGAAUGAAAAGUUUCUAAAUUAAAUACAUGGCAGGGUGGUAAACAGGGGGAAAAUACACAGAAGUGCCUCUAAACUGUCCUGAGGACUUCUGUUCCCAGCCCUUCAUGAGUUCUGGCUUCUUGGGCCACUUGGCUCCCAGUCCCACAUCAGCUGUGUCCCCAUUCCCCAGCCUCACCUCUGCUUCUACUGCAGAUCUUCACUCCCCUCAACUAGGCAAGGGGGUUGACACUGCAGCCCCUAAAGCAUCUGUGUUACUCUGGUCUUGCUGAUAUUGUCUCACAUAUCGGGGCUAUUUAGAUUUCAGGAGACGAUUUGCCAGAGUUACUGACUCUGGGAGGUGGGAGAGAAGAGAGGCUGAGAGGAAGUUUGCUUCCCACACUCUGUAGGGCCAUGUUCAACCCUGGUAGCCUCCAUGUUACCUCAUCCUCCCUCAUGUGUCUCUGCUCAUGUGUCAGUGUGUCACCUUCUGGUCAUAAUGCCACUGGCCUCAGCAGAGCUCCCAGACAGGAGCUACAUCCCAAUGGGGUUAAAGUGGAGAGCACGUGACAGGGACUGAGGGUGAAAUACGUCACAGGGAGGGUGUAAUUAUCCUCAGAGCAAGCAUUACAGUCUAGGAAGUGAAAGAAUUAAAGUACUUCAUUACUUAAAAGUACGGUUGAAAGGAUUGGAUUUUUAAUCAGUAAAUCUCAGUAAAUGUCAAUUAUACUGCACAUGCAAAUGCACACAGAUAAAAAAAAUUAUAUAGGCAAAAUGACAAAAUGCUUCUGGAGAAAGUUGAGUUUGAUUGAAGGAUAUUUUGCAUGUGACAUUGGCAAUUUUUGUUUGAACCGUUCUAAAGAUCUAGCUUUUUUGAAUCGCAAUAUGUAAUUACAUAAUUAUUGUCUGACCACCCCCAUAACUGCCUACAGCUCUGAACACUGAAAUUGGAGAAAGGGCUUAAAAAUAGACAUAGAUAUAAUCUGUUGAAAUUAUUAAUUAAAAAAUAGACUAAAUAGAUUCAGCCAAGCCUACCAAACAGCAAUCGCAAUAUGCUAGGGGAUGGAAUUUCACAGCUAAGGCACCAACCUUAAUUCUGCCCCUUAGUGACACUAGACAAUUGCCAUAGGGCUACGAAUAAGGCAUUUUACUGUAUAAAGUUCCAGAUUAGAUUAUACCAAUUUGUAAAGACACAUGAGAUCUUUCCCUCAGGGUAUCACCUUCACUGGGUUCUUUCUUUUAUUGGUAAUUCCCAGAAGUCAAUAGAUCAAUAACAUUCUAUCAGUUAUGAAGUGGCCAUUUUGGAUUUCUGACGAGUGUCUAUAAUUUUGAACUAGGGGCCAGGUCCUUGUGAGACGGAGCCUUGGUUUCAUUUUAACUUGUGCAUGCUCAGCAGCCUCCAGAAUUUGGUUUAAAGUAGUUCCAUGUUUCCCUGACCUGUUCUUAAAAGAGCUGCUAUAGAAAGAGGGGAGGGGCAAAAACUCCCUGUAGGAUCAGUAGCUGAGUCCCUUAGAUAUUUAUAGCUCAUCGGAAGAAGGACGGGGAUUUGUGGAGGUCUGGGGAUUUAAUAAUAAACACACAAAUAUCAUCGUUCUUAAUGAAUUUUCAUCUUCUAAUUCCCAUAACCCACUAAUUAUCCCUGGCUGCCCCGGGGAGUCUGGGGAGGAAGUACUAGUAACCUCCUUUGGCCAGUGUGGAACCUAAGGCACAAGGAUCUUUCACAUCCCAGGGUGGGGAAGGACCCUCUGGGGCUGGCUGCAGUCUCCUCUUGCUGUUGAGAGAGGAAUGGGGUGGUCCCUCAUAUAGAACACACCCAUGGGCAGAUGGGAAAUGCAGUUUCCUCUAGGGGAUUGAAAAUGUUUGGUUUAGAGUCCUGAGCUCUGUCUUCCUGUUUGUCUCCUUCUGCCACUUUCAGAUCUCUUGGAGAGACAAGGUGGGUGAGGUAAUUUAUUUUAGGACCCAUUGAAAAAAAAUAUUCCUUCUCUUUAAUAUCCUGGGACCAACAUGGCUACAACAACUUUCAAUCUCACUCCUUGUACCCCCUUCCCCUGUCACCCCCCUCUCAGAUGGGACUGCCUCAUAUGAUGGGGAAAUUAGGGCUCACUCCUGGAGCUGGAUUAGGUCCCCCCAACAUUAACGGGAGUGGAAGCCUGUGUGUGUCAGAGGCAGCAGCAGCUCUGGGAUUCAGAGAUGCAUAGGGAGAAGAGAUGGGAGUGGGGAGGGGAUGUUUGUGCAGGGUGUGAGUUCUUGGUAAAAUGCAGGAUGCCACUGCCUCCACUGUGAUCUGGGAGUCUGGAUUGAGCAGCUGUUGCUCCCCGAUAGGGUCAUUUUAUUCACUAUUUCUCUUAUCUCCUGCACUGAUUUUUGUCCCCUUUUCUCUGUAAAGCUCCAAUGUUUGUUUAAAACCUCCUCAGAUUUAGGGCAUUUCCCACCCAUUUUAUCUGCAGGAUUUGUCCUUGCUUGGGUGGGAAAUUCUUGCCCUGAGCUAUUCCCCAAUGGGAAGAGAGUUAGCGGGUGCCACUUGGGACAACCCAGAGACCUGACUGCCUCUGGGAUUGGGAGCAAGGUGGCUGUUCUCUGCCAGCAACCGAGUGUGGAAGGGGCACAGGAGGAGCAUGUGUCCCCCAUGGAGACUGCCCAGCCCCGGGUUACCCAGUCCCAGCCGCUUCUGCCCCCCGAGCAUGACCCAAAUCUCUUCACCCCUCCAACUACCAAACUUCCCUCACUGCUACCCCAUCCUGACUGGCAGAGAACCUCUAAGCUCUAUCGCCUUCUCUUUGCCUCUGAAAGUUGCCUUUCCCAGGGCUUUGCUGCCUGUGUGAAUGGCAGGUAGGGAUGAGGAGCCAUCACUUUCUGGGUAUUUACUGAACAUUCAUCUAGUCCCUGACACCUUCAUUAAUGCAGAGGUAAGGUUGCCCAGCAGUAUGUUGGGCCCUUCCAGAGUGUCAAGUUCAGCAAAACUCAAACUUCCAAAAACUAGGAAAUACAGAGCUAAUAUGCAUGCCAGUGCAACCUUAACUCUUCCCCCUGGAGCUGGCAACAGCUACUGGGCGUUAUCUGCCUGCACUCAUGGUACUAGGUGUAGCUGCACUGAUUGGGAGAAGUGUUAGUGAGAGCAACGUGGUGGAGGUAUGAUAGUCAUAUAAGGAGAACUGGGUCUGAGUGCCCCAUGUGUGUGAUGAAAGGAAAGAUGCGCAUGUGUACCUGGUGCAAAAAUGAACCUGGAACCGCCGAGCUGUGCAUGUUGCCAGCAAGAAGCAAGGGACUUUUUCCUCCUAAAGGGGGCGCUCCACCACCUACAGACUUGUGACCUUGCCGGGAUGGACUCAGCACCCCCAGCCUUGGCUUCUGCUAUUACUGCCACAUCUCAGUCAGGAUCCCUGUUACUGGGAGGGUUUCACCAUGUGUCAGAGGGUUACACCCUGGUGGGAGGGGGCUAGGCCUGUACUGGAAUAAGGUCACUCUGUGCUUCACAGUGUGGCAGAACCUAGAAUGUCCAUUAUCAGGGAAAAAUCCUGGGGGAAAUCGGCUUGUGGAGUGGACAAAAGCCCCAUCUGAAUUCUCUCACAUUGUCCUUCUCGCCCUGGCAGGCUACAGAAUAACGUCCACGUUUCACUCCAGAUCAUCCCCUCCUCCCAGGGGGAAGGAAAUGGCUGCAAUGGAGCUGGCUCAGGGGCUGCUGACUUUUGAGGAAGUGGCUGUGUAUUUCACCAGGGCAGAGUGGGCUCUGCUGGACCCUGCUCAGAGAGCCCUCUACAGAGACGUCAUGCAGGAGAACUAUGAGACGGUGGCCUUGCUGGUGUCACAGCACAAACUUGUUGAGGUGGAUUGCCAGCAAGUCUCAACAGCAGCCAGUCCCCAGCCUCUGCCCUGUGCCCUGGGGAGAAGUCAGGUGUCUUCUGUCAGAAACUGGAGUAGGGUUUCCAGUUUCCAAACCUGAUGUGAUCUCGCAGCUGGAACGAGGGGAAGAGCCAUGGGUCCCGGACCUCCAGGGCUCUGAGAAAGAAGUGCUCCCAAGAGCUGCCUUCACAGGUGAUGGAAUGGUGAGUGAGAAUGAGGAGAAACCCCAGCAGGAAGAUGCUGAGCAAGUAGAACCACAUGGGACAUUAUCAGGAAGAUCCAAAGGGAAUGUUUCCGGGAGUUGUGCACUCCGAGAAAAAGCAAAAGCCUGUGAGACUCAGGACAGGCCAGAGGAAAACUUCAGUAGCCACUCAGACCUUAUUGGAAAUGAGAGAAUCAACUUGGAAGAGACACGCUACACAUGCCAAGAGUGUGGGAAAAGCUUCAAAGUGAGCUCAGACCUUUUCACACAUCAGAGAAUCCACAGAGAAGAGAGACUUUACACGUGCUCUGAGUGUGGGAAAAGCUUCAAUCAGAGCUCAGCCCUUAUCACACAUUGGAGAAUCCACACGGGAGAGACGCCCUAUACCUGCUCGGAGUGCGGGAAAAGCUUCAAUCAGAGCUCACACCUUAUCACACACAGGAGAAUUCACACGGGAGAGAUGCCCUAUGGAUGUUCGGAGUGCGGGAAAAGCUUCAGUCAGAGCUCUGCCCUGAUCACACAUCAGAGAAUCCACACAGGAGAGACACCCUACACAUGCUCUGAGUGCGGGAAAAGCUUCAAUCGUAGCUCAGCCCUUAUUAGACAUCGGAGAAUCCAUACGGGAGAGAUGCCCUACACAUGCUCUGAGUGCGGGAAAAGCUUUGGUCAUAGCUCUGCCCUGAUCACACAUCAGAGAACCCACACUGGAGAGACGCCCUAUGCGUGCUCUGAGUGUGGGAAAAGCUUCAGUCAGAGUGCGAACCUUAUUAGGCAUCGGCGAAUCCACACGGGAGAGACACCCUACACAUGCCCAGAGUGUGGGAAACGCUUCAAUCAGCGCUCAGCCCUUACCACACAUCAGAGAAUCCACACGGGAGAGACGCCCUACACAUGCCCUGAGUGCGGGAAACGGAUCAGUUAUAGCUCAGCCCUCAUCACACACCAGAGAAUCCACACGGGUGAGACGCCCUACACAUGCCCUGAGUGCGGGAAAAGCUUCAAUCGGAGUUCAAACCUUAUCACGCAUCAGAGAAUCCACACCGGCGUGUCAUCCUACAGAUGCUCUGAGUGUGGGAAAAGCUUCAGCCAUAGCUCAGCCCUUAUUAGACACCGGAGAAUCCACACGGGAGAGACACCCUACACGUGCUCUGAGUGCGGGAAAAGCUUCAAUCAGAGCUCAAACCUUAUCACACAUUGGCGAAUCCACACUGGAGAGAUGCCCUACACGUGCUCUGAAUGCGGCAAAAGCUUCAGUCACAGCUCUGCCCUUAUCACACAUCAGAGAAUCCACACUGGAGAGACGCCCUACACAUGCUCUGAGUGCGGGAAAAGCUUCAGUCAGGGCUCAGCACUUACUAGACAUCAGAAAAGCCACAUGACACAGUACUAUAAUAAAUCCCUUGACUAGGACUAGCCAAAGAUUUUUGUUUUUUAAAUCACAUUUGCUAAUUCCCCCAUAAUGAUUUUUGCACCAUCUUCACCGUGGUCUCUCAGCUCCACCAGAUGAGUUGCCUGCUUCUGCCUUUUGCAGCUCACCUUCUUUGGGGUCAGUCCUGUGAUCUUUUCUAUCAACUCCUUUCCUUUUGAGUCGUACGAGUGUGUGUCCCUCCAGCCAGGAAUAUUCAUCAGCUCCAGAUGGGGGAGAGAGGUUUGAUCCCAACAAGCUACACUGAGGCAAAAACUACCUGUGCCUUCCAUCCACUAGGACUGUACAUGGUGUUGGCUGCUCAAGUUAGUGAUCUUGGUGUAAAAAGACAAUUAUAGUUGUAGAGCAGAUGCAGCCCAGUUGCAAUGGUUGGCGUUAGCUUUUGCCUGGACGUGACCUAAACUCCAUCACUUUUCCUAGUCUAAACAAACCCUGAGCAUCAUGGUUAUACUGUUCCUCCAUUUCAAAGCAAUUGUUAGUCAUUUAUUUCUCCCUUUGGGGGCAAAUUGUCUCCUUCCCCGUUGCUCUUAUGUUGCUUUGGGUUGUGCUGGAGAGCAGAUAUCUCUUCUACCAUUUUCCUCACUUGAAAUAUAUUGAACAAUAACAAAGAGCAGGAACAGAGCUAGGGGAAAAUGUCAUUUUACUUUAGCUUCUGUGUCAACCACAGUGAAUUUAUCCUAUCCAUAUGCUAUCUUCCCACCUCCCACUCCUCAUGAUGUGGUGUUCUCUGCUCUCUGUGCUAGGUACCAGACUUGGAUUCUCAAUCAGUCUUGUUGGGGCUGGGGAUUCAAUUAUCACAGAGUUGGAGGGGAGAUUUGAAUGGAUCCCAAACACAGGGUAUUCAUUCUGUGUUUUAAUUCCUGUUUUUACCUAUUUGCAAAGCUGCUUCUGACCUUUUUCCUGCUGAUCUGGGAGUUUUGUUUACAGAUGGGAAGGUUGGCUGUUUUUCCCUGUUAUGAUGAUGUGAAAUGUCUUGUAAAGAACAUGACUUAAUAAUAAGGUGAUGCUGUGUGAAGCAGGUUUGAAUACAUCGGAGGAGAAUGAA